AGUUUGAUGGAUUUACUGACGAUGGCUCAGUCGAGCUGCCCACUAUGUUACCUGAACGGGAUCCUAAUACUCCUCGUGAUCGGUGUAAUAACACUCAGGUCAGGCCAAACUUUUGAAAGCGAAUCUGUGGAACCGCUCAGCUUGGCUCAUCGCGGUAACAUUUUGACCGCUUUGCUGAAAGCAUUGUCGAAACAAGAGCCAUGGGGAGUGUACACUCCACGGACCAGACCUGACUCUAGAUAUGUACGUUUUAUGAAAAGACUGUACAAGGUAUCCUCCAAACAUGAGCGAAGCCACGAAGCGUCACAUCUGUACAACACCGUUCGUCUGAUUACGCCACGACAGGAGUGUCUCGAGCAAAGCGGAGACGUUUUCAUGCAGGACAUUUCCUACAGUCUACACCGUGUGCGAUCUCAGGAGCAACUGCUCAAAUCCGUCCUGCUGUACUCCGUCAACCACAGCCACGCCCCCUCGCUGGCCUCCAUCUGCUACCUGCACGUGACGGAGCAGACCCUGCCGGCUCACAGUGUGUGCGUCUGCUUGCCCCGCCCUCUCAGCCCAGCCCGGCCUGUAAGCUUCCACGUGCACUCGAAGAGCGCCGGCCGACGGCGCUGGAUGGAGGUGGACGUGACGUCCUUCCUCCACCCCGUCAUCCAGAGCCAUAAAAAGGACAUCCAUCUGCUCAUCAACCUGACCUGCCUGGAGGCCAGCCACCCUGUAGGGAGCAGCCAUGCUCCCAGGGGCCCCGUUAAGCUCCACAUGGCCCCAUCUCUUCUUCUCUACCUGAACGACACCAGCGAGGUGGCAUACCAGAGGGGGUCCACACCGGACAGGGCAGCAAGCAUCAGGGUGAACCGCUGGAAUGAGAUGUCCAUGCAGCAUGGCUGGCGGUAUGGACCGGCGCAGCAGGCGUGGAGGGACCGGCGGAGCCCUCCAAACAGCACCCAGGCACCUGAGCGGAACGUGGAUGGCGGCCUGUACGAUCUGUCCCCCACAGACGACUGUGACCUGCAUGACUUCCGGGUAAGCUUCAGCCAGCUGAAACUGGACCACUGGAUCAUAGCGCCCCACAAGUACAACCCCAGGUAUUGCAAGGGCACUUGUCCGAGGGUGGUGGGUUACAUCUAUGGGUCGCCGGUGCACACGAUGGUGCAGAACAUCAUUUAUGAGAAACUUGAUUCCUCUGUGCCCAGACCCUCGUGCGUUCCUUCUGAGUAUGACCCUUUAAGUGUUUUGACCAUUGAAAAUGAUGGCUCUAUUGCCUAUAAGGAGUAUGAGGAGAUGAUCGCUACCAAGUGUACCUGCCGCUAACUUCGUCCUCCAUGUGCCACUUUGUAAAUGCGGAAGUUUUCGACACUUACCUGCUUACUGUCAUGAUCUGGGCCGAUUCCUGCCCAACGUCGUGUGUCAAACAUUUUCUUCACUGUAGCCAUUUCAUCCAAACAGUAUUAAGAACAUUUGAGUGUAUUCUUUAUAUUUUGUCAUUUUGUGUAAUGGUAUUUUCUCAUUUCUGUCCAGAAGUAAUAUUUGUUUGCGUAGUAGUAAUAUAUCAACGCAUUGGAUAAAAAGAAUUUUUGUUUGAGUUAUUACUAUCAUUUAAGUUUAGUUAAUUUAUUUUGUGGUGGUUGUGACUCAGUUCUUUCUCUUCUUUAAUGCAAAUGGGAAAAGUUUUAAAAGAAUCUAGUUCUGGACAGGUUGUGAAAAGUGUGGUCCUCUUUUCUAAAUGAAACACUUUUACACUCGUUUUUAUACCUGCGGAUUGCAAACGGUUGUCACAUGGGCAACCCGGCUCUUCAUGAUGUCCAGAAAGUAAGUUGCCCUAAUUUAUGGACAACUUGAUGAGCAUGUGAAAAGCUCUAGAGCCUUUAAUCACUGUGUGCCGACUGGUUUAUAGCAGAAUAUCUUGUCUAUUUAUGUCCUUUCUGUGUGCCAUGUCUCUAGCUGUGUACCAUGAUCUUGCUGACUUUGAUUUCACAUAAGAAGAUUCAAUAGGUUCAUAAAAAAAAUGUUAAAUAAUAAAAAAAAAUGGAAGCACCCUUGAUUUUUCAUUACUGUUGGGUUUUUGUCAGGCUUGUGUUUUGUAUCACAGUCUGAGUCCAGCGCAGUUCUGUAAGCUUUCAUAUCCAUGGUCAGUUCCCGAUCCUCAAAGAAACAGAAUUCCGCUUCUUCUAGUUAAAAACACUGCCUUUAAGUGGACUCUCUCAUUCUACCUUUGCCAAUGUUCACUAAUCCAUUUCCAUUCCUCCAUGUUUCUGCCACUUAAUAUCUCAUAAUAAAGUUUGUUAGAAAUAUGAGAUGCCCAUAAGUUCCAACUACAAAAUAUAAUGAUCCAAAAAUUAGUUAAUGAGAGAAAAUUAUUCCCUUUGUUCUCUGGUGGACCCACAGGGGUCCAAAUAAGCCAAGCUGGACAGAAGUGAUCAUUUCAACAGGGUGAGAACAUGCCAUGCAUGCAAGGAACCACCAGGUGGCAGAAGGAAGUUAAGGACUACAUGCUCUCAACUUUUCUUCAGUUGUAGGUACCAAAUGUGGUCACUGACCUGCACAAGUUGAACUUCAGUCCAC